AUGCAGACUUCGGAGGUGAAGUUGAUCAUCGGAGAAGCACCACCGGUUAUGUUUUCACUGUCGGGGCUACAACUAGUUCCCGACCGAGCGAUAAACAUACUCGGCAUCCUCGUCAUCUGGACGUGGUUCCCGCUGCUCGUCGCGUGCCUGCCCAACUGGACCGAGCGUGUCCUGUUCGUGCUCGCGAGCUUCACCGUCUGUUCGAUCCAGCACGUGCAGUUCUGUGUGAACCAUUUCGCGGCGGAUGUGUACGUGGGGUCACCCAAGGGGAACGACUGGCUGCCGAGGUGCCACCUCAGGAGCGUGUUGCCUGUGGUGCAGGAGCUCUGCAAGAAGCAUAACUCGCCGUACAAUAGUUUGUCGUUUUACGAGGCAAACAAAUGGACGCUGAGGUCGGCCGCGCUCGAGGCCAUGGACUUCUCGCCGCCUGUGCCUAAGAACUUGCUGUGGGAGGCUGUGAACACGCAAGGCUGA